AUGCCACCCAAAAAGAAGAGAGUAGCUAAUUCCAAUAGUGAGGAACCUAUUGUUAAUUUGCGAAGGCCAACCAAAGCAAGGGUUGAUACUGAGGCUGAAGUCACUCAAGACAUGAGAAAUAAUGAUCGUCCUAGGGUGACACGCACUGAUCCUUUGGAUGAAGUUGCUGCCCGACUGUUGGACAGGUUGGCCCAUGUUGCUAGUAGAGGCGUAGGUAGAGUAGAGGCAAGGGCUGGUUGCUCUUUUGAGACUUUUAUGAAGCAGAAUCCCCCUUCCUUUGAUGGGAAGCUAGAUCCUACAGAAGCUGAGAAUUGGUUCUUGCAAAUGGAGAAAUUGUUAGAAGCUUUAGAUUGCACUGACUCUCAGAAGGUGCGGUUUGCAACUUUCAAGUUGAUAGGAGAAGCUGAGCGUUGGUGGAGAUCUACUAAAGCCAUUUUGGAGGGAAUGGACACUGAGAGAAAUCCCAUCACUUGGGAGAAAUUUAAAGGGGUUUUCUAUGAUAACUACUUCCCUGAGGUGGUUCGAGAACGAAAAGAGAGGGAAUUUGCUGAUUUGGUGCAAGGAAGUAUGGCUGUUGAGCAGUAUGCUGCUAAAUUCAUUGAGUUAUCUCGCUUUGGACCCCACUUAAUCCUUACUGAGGCGAAGAAAGCAAGCAGAUUUCAAAAGGGGUUGAAUGAGAGACUUCGACACCAUUUGAUUGCAGCAGGGGUUGAUAACUAUGCAGAGUCAGUUAAGAGAGCUAUGAGACUGGAGGAAGAUUUCAAGAACAAUGUUAGGAAGGAGAACCCACCUAGAAACACUGGACAGAUAGGCUUUCGUCAAGGCAAUGCUCAAGGUCAUUGGAACAAGAAAGGAUCUUUUGGGAGGUCUGGGAGUAAUUCAUCAUCAAAUAAGUCAGAAAAUAAGAAUCCACCCCAGAAUGCUCAAGGUAGAAGUUUGAAUGCUUGCCCUACAUGUGGAAGGUUUCAUGGAGAUAAGCCAUGUUUCUUUGAAGGAAAGGCUUGUUAUAACUGUGGAAAGACAGGACACUUAGCUAGAAGUUGUACUUCUCCUCAACAAAACUCAAUGGCACAACUUGGAAAGAAUGAUCAAAGAAGGAAAGCACAAGGGAGAGUGUUUGCACUCACACCACAAGAUGUCCAAGCUUCGGAUACUGUGGUUACAGGUAUCCUCCCUUUAUUCUCAAACUUUGCUAAAACUCUAUUUGAUUCUGGAUCUACACACUCUUUCAUCUCCUCUCGAUAUGCUAAGUUAUGUGAUAAGAAACCUGGACUUAUGGAUUAUGACUUGUCUGUGGCCACACCUAUGGGUGAUUCUUUGGUGUGUAAUUUUAUGCUUAAGUCUUGUGUUAUCCAAAUUGAGGAUAGGGAAAUGUUAGUAGAUUUGAUUUUGAUGGACAUGUAUGACUAUGAUGUAAUUUUGGGCAUGGACUGGCUGGCGGCUUAUCAUGCUAGUGUAGAUUGUUUUAGAAAAGAAGUGGUGUUUUGGCCUCUAGGAGAACCUGAAUUUCAGUUUAAGGGCUCUAGGAUGCAUGCUUUACCUAGGGUGAUAUCAGCCCUUCGAGCUAAGCGUCUUUUAUGGAAAGGAUGCCAAGGGUACCUAGCUCAUGUGGUGGACACUAGGAAAGAUGUAUUGAAGUUGGAUGAUAUCCCUGUUGUAAGGGAGUUUCCUGAUGUCUUUCCUGAAGACCUACCAGGGAUACCUAUAGAUAGGGAGAUUGAAUUCUCUAUUGAUUUGCUCCUUGGAACUUCUCCUAUUUCAAAAGCACCAUAUCGGAUGGCACCAACUGAACUUAAGGAGCUCAAGGAACAGUUACAAGAACUUCUUGAUAAGGGGUUCAUCAGACCAAGUGCAUCUCCAUGGGGUGCACCAAUUUUAUUUGUGAAGAAGAAGGAUGGGACUAUGAGGUUGUGUAUUGACUACCAUGAGUUGAACCAGGUUACUGUGAGAAACAAAUACCCUCUCCUUUGUAUUGAUGACCUGUUUGAUCAAUUGCAAGGGGCACAAGUCUUCUCUAAGAUUGACCUUCGUUCUGGGUAUCACCAGUUGAAAAUCAAGGGUGAAGACAUACCCAAGACAGCUUUCAGGACUAGGUAUGGGCACUAUGAAUUCUUGGUAAUGCCUUUUGGAUUGACCAAUGCUCCUGCUGCGUUUAUGGACUUGAUGAAUAGGGUGUUUCAUGAGUACUUAGACCGCUUUGUUAUUGUCUUUAUUGAUGACAUUCUAAUCUUCUCCAAGAGCAUGGAAGAACAUGAAGAGCACUUGAGAAUUGUUUUUCAAAUUUUGAGGGAGAAGAAGCUAUAUGCCAAGUUUAAGAAGUGUGAAUUUUGGCUUGACCAAGUGGUGUUCCUAGGGCAUGUGAUAUCUAAGGCAGGGAUUUCUGUAGACCCUAGUAAAGUUGAAGCUGUGGUUGAUUAG